CUGUGUGACAUUUCUCGAAAUUGUUGAUUAUUCUUUUAAACCGGAAUUUUAAAGAAAAUACCCGACUCUUACCUAUGCAGGACAUUUAUUGGCAUUUAAUAUCAUACUUCAUAACUCAUAAACCUUUUUGAAAUCCGAUCUUCUCAUAGUUAGGAUUAUAUUAUAGAUUGUAUCAUUGACAAAUGGUUUUGUAUUAAAGUUCAGCUUUCAAAUAUAUUCGACCGAUCAAGUGUCAUGAACAUACGAUAGUAACGGCUGUAUGUAAAAGAGAUGGUUCAUACGAAAGUUAAGCUCACUGUGCGGUAUAUGUAUGCAUACAGCGUGAAUUUAAAAAAAAAUAUCAAUGCAGUUUUGCCUAGUAAAUAAUCUCUUUUCACUAUGGUACACUCCAUCUCCAACUUAGCCCUGGUUUAACGUUAACUAAAUUUAAUAGGAUCUAGAUUGUAAUUAUGUCAUCGUUUUCUUUUCCACCAAAGGUAUAAAGAAACAAAUUAGCAUCUCACCGAAGAUCGUGCGCGUCGCUACGGGUGGUCAGGUCGAACUGGUUUGCAUCGUUAAUGCAACACCUGCAGCCAAAGUGGAAUGGCUGAAAAACGGCGUUCCAGUGCAACCCAAUCCACCGAACGUAGUGCUGACUGAUAGCUCUCUUCUAAUGACUCAAGUAAAUAUGCAGGACAUGGCUAAUUACACCUGCGUAGGCGAGAAUAUUGCUGGUAAGCGGGUUUCGGAGCCAUCUUUCAUCAACGUCUACGUCGACGGAGGAUGGAGCGAAUGGGGUGCUUGGACGGAUUGCAAAUGCCCUGGUUAUCCCAAGCAAGGUAAAAAGCGGAUGCGAACGUGUAACAAUCCAGAACCCGUUAAUAAUGGAGCAUCGUGUAAAGGACUAAAUACAGAAUACACAAAUGAUUGUUCACUUUGUUCUGCCGGACGAUGGUCAAGUUGGUCAGAGUGGAGUGAAUGUGGCCAAGACUGCACCCAAAUUCGGCAGCGCCUCUGUAUCGGAAGCUCUUCAACAACUCAAAUAUCUUCAUUCGGGAGUCCGGUCACCACAGCUGCCUUACCAACUAAUAGCUCUUCAGGACAAGCAUUUGCUAUCAACAAUGGUACCAUCAUCAGUUGUGCCGGAAAGAGCCAACAGUCCAUCAAAUGCUCCGAUGGAUUGUGCAACAACACAACUCUAGGUUUCAUUUAUUUAUGGGUGUCUCUGUUCGCUAUCGUUUGUAUUGGAGCAGUUCUUUGUAUCUUCAAGUUUAUUAGAAAAAGGAAAACCAUUCCUACAUAUAGUUCAGAUCGCACAGAACUUCAAACAAAAUAUUUCACUUACGAGAGCAAGCAAAUGACCCAACGCAAUCCCGAUCUGACGCACAAUAUUGGACCGAUAGAUUAUGAAUAUCCAUUGUCGGAAAUGCAUCAAAGAGAUCACAACCUUUCCAAAGACCAUAAACGUCCUCGGCAAACUAUGCUACAUUUCCAACACGGUAGUAGCCUCUUAACGAGUGAAAUUGAUGAACUUGGACCACUUCAUCCACAGAACCAAUUGCAACAAGUGCCAAACGAUGGGUUUCAACCGCUACUGCCUUUACCCCGUCCCAACUCGGAUCAUUAUUACGAUGAGCCUUGUAUAUACAAUAAAUCACAACUUCCUAACGGUUCGAAUAGUUUUUCUCAUUUUGGUUCAGAAAAUAUAGAAAGAAACUGAAAAAAUAUGUAUUUC